CCUCCUAUCGGACUUUGCCACACCAGAUCGGAGAUUCUCAAUCCUCUUUUUCAUUACUUGCUAUCUUCUUCAAUCAGAAAAAAAAAAAAAAAAACUCUCGGACAGAUUCAAUGAAGCACUAGUGGUAAGAAGAGAAGAACACAACCCUAAGAGAAAUUUUGAAUAUCUUCUUCUUCAGAGCCCGUCUGAUCUGUCGGAGAGAAGAGAGACGACGUGUCUGUAUUCUUUGUCUCUUAUAUAUAUCAAGAAUCCUAGCUGGACUUCCACAUCACUUACUACCUCAAUUAGAAGAAGAAGAAGCUGCUGUCUUGAGUAACACUAGUUGAAGAAGCUCAUAUAACAAUGGGAACGAGCGAAGACAAGAUGCCAUUUAAGCCAUCCAAACCAACAUCUUCGGCUCAGGAAGUUCCUCCCACACCGUAUCCAGACUGGGGAAAUUCAAUGCAGGCUUAUUAUGGCGGGGGAGGCACUCCAAAUCCUUUUUUCCCAUCCCCAGUUGGAUCUCCUAGCCCUCACCCCUAUAUGUGGGGUGCUCAACACCAUAUGAUGCCUCCUUAUGGGACUCCAGUUCCGUAUCCAGCAAUGUAUCCUCCGGGGGCAGUCUAUGCUCAUCCUAACAUGCCCAUGCCUCCUAAUGCUGGUCCAACCAACAAGGAGAUUGUGAAGGACCAAGGUUCUGGCAAGAAGUCAAAGGGGAACUCGAAAAAAAAGGGUGAAGGAGGAGGUGACAAAGCGCUCUCUGGUUCAGGGAACGAUGGUGCCUCUCAUAGUGAUGAGAGUGUCACAGCAGGUUCAUCUGAUGAAAAUGAUGAGAAUGCCAAUCAACAGGAACAAGGUUCAGUGAGAAAGCCAAGCUUUGGACAGAUGCUUGCUGAUGCAAGUUCUCAAAGUACUACUGGUGAAAUACAAGGUUCGGUGCCCAUGAAGCCUGUAGCCCCGGGGACUAAUCUGAAUAUCGGGAUGGACUUAUGGUCUUCACAAGCUGGUGUACCUAUGAAGGAUGAACGAGAGCUGAAGAGGCAGAAGAGGAAACAAUCUAACCGUGAAUCUGCUAGGCGGUCUAGAUUGCGGAAGCAGGCGGAAUGCGAACAGCUUCAACUGAGAGUGGAGAGUUUGUCGAAUGAGAAUCAAAGCCUGAGAGAUGAGCUACAAAGACUCUCAAGUGAGUGUGAAAAGCUCAAGACUGAGAACAACUCGAUCCAGGAUGAGUUGCAGAGAGUGCUUGGACCAGAGGCUGUAGCUAAUCUAGAACAGAAUGCUGCUGGGUCGAAAGAUGGUGAAGGAAAAAAUUAACACUUAGGAAUUUAUAACGGAUUAUUGGGAUUUUUCAACACUGGAUUAAAAAAAAAAACUCGGUCCAACGUUAUUUGAGAUUACAUAACUAUACAAUCGUUUGACAUUUUUGUGUAAUAGAGAUUUGACCUACAAGACUGUAGAAGCUGCAAAAGCUACGAUUACACUUUGUUUUAUUAGUCAUCGUGAUUUGAAUC